UGCCCAAAUUGAAUUAAAAUUUUCCAUUGCAAAAGUAAAAGUUUUGGUCGUUAUUUUGGUCACCUAAACCAAAUUGAAGCUAAAAUGGAAAUGCAUAGGCCUGGCGAUCGUAAAGGUGGGGUCACCCAGCGCACCUGGCGUCGCAUCCUGGAGCACAUGGCUCCGAUCAAGGACUGCAAGGUGACCCAGCGGGAAAUCUGUUGGUACCGCGGACUAUCCCAAUCCCAGAUGGAGGCAGCCAACAGUUUGGGCAAUAUGCUGAGGGAUAACAUGGAUGAGAUGGCGGUCUCGGGAUUGGCAAAGGUUAUUGUGCGUUUUGGAUUGCACCCCACUCCGCCGUGGGAAAUCCUUAACAUGGUGAUGAUUCUGAGCCGGGGAAACGACCUGGCCUUCCUCUGGUUCCUCAUGGAAAUGUGCUACAAGACGGAGAAUCACGGCGAGACCUACAGUGUCAACGAGCAGAUCAUCAUGUCCACCAUCUUCCGGCUGGACCUGAUUCCCACUCUGAGGGAACUAGAUCGCUGGCUUCCAUUGCAAAAUGCCUGUCAACCGGAAAGGAAUAAGGACGAAGGUCUGAGAGAAAGCCGCAGUCGGAAGAGGAAAAAAGAUCAGGAACGGCAGAAGGAGCUGGCUAGAAAGGAAAAGAUCAUGACGCCCCUGUCGCCGUACUUUCAAGAACCAAUUAUUGGAGGAGGAAGACUGCGACAGGAGCGCCGUUUGCUAUCCGAUUAUCCAGCUAAUUCAGCAUGCCUUUUCAAAAUAGAGGAGGAGCCGCUCGAAUCGAGUAUAUGGUCCCGCUGGUUUGGUAGCUACAAAUUAAGCGAGUCCCACCGAGUGGGUAAAUCCAUCAUUUUCGAGGAGAUCAACAGCAUUUUUGAGUCGUUUAAAGCAGCCUCAUUGCCACCCCGCGAUGUUGAGUCCUUGUGUGCCCAUCACCAGUAUAUUCGGCAGAUGGAAAACUCGCUGAAAGCCCAACUGAAAGUGAUGAAGCAGAGAAAAUGCGAGGAGCUGAUCACCGUCAGGAAUCGAAUGGAGGAAAAGAAGCGGAAGCGAGUGAUUCAGGAGCUGGAGGAAAUGAGUGACUGCUAUUUGAAGCGUUUCCAGGACAUGGCAGCCCGUGCCAGAUUGGCCUCCACCAGGAAACAACUCUUUGGCGGCAGUUCCGCUGGGGAAUUUAACUUUGGCUUCUCGGAAAUGGAACCCAAGUGCGAUGAUUUUAAAGAGGAAAAGUGCCAGACUUUCGAGGCAGACAGGCCACAGGAAAGACCUGUUACUAUAAAGCCUAAAAGAAGAAGUAGAUCUGGCAGUAGGACAAGGUUAACGAGUGGGGCCGAACCCAAGCCCAAAUCGAAGAAAAAGUCUAGAUCUAGAUCUAAGAGCAGGUCCAGAUCCAGUUCCCGAAGUCGAUCCAAAAGAAAGAGCAAAAGACUGUCUAAGAAAAAGUCCGAAGAAGAAAUAGUAGAGCCAAUCCCUCACCGAAAAGGCAGAGAUGAAUUCCCGGACAUAUUGGUCAAGUUACUAAGAGGAGAAAGACCCAUUUUACCAGACUGUCCUGACUUUCAGCCCGAACCCACAAAGUGCGCCAAGUGCCAUAUUUACAAUCCCCGAGAGGGUUUGCCCUGGAAUCGAACCCCAAAACAACGUCCCAGCAGCCUGAUGCAGUUCCUCCAGUUGUGUGGCAAAAAGGAGAAUGAGAAAGAGGAUUCACAUUCCGAACAGCCGGAUACGAAUCCUUCUUCUCAUCCUGAUGGGAAUCCUUCUUCCCAUCCCGAUGCCAAGGAGAGUGUUCAGCUCUUGCAAUUGGGACCACCAGGCUGUAAUUGUAUACAGUUCAACUAUCGUGAGUUGUUUGGCUCGCUGCACAGGACUCAUUUGGACGACGAAAGGAUGCGUCUGAAGGAGGCCUUUGUGCGGGCCAUCGACGACGAUGUCCAGUAUCUCAGUGCGGCCCUGAAUGGCGAGGAAGAGGGUUCCAUAGAUGCCAUGGUGGACAGAGCGGCCAAGCGGGUUUUCGCCGAGGAUGUGCAGGCAUUCCACAAGGAACUGGAGCGAUUGCAGCGGAAAAAGGCCGAAAUGACGGAGCGACAAACAAAGCGACUGAACUUCGGCCGCGAUUACUAUGAUCCCGAAAAUCUGCCUUUGAUGAAGGAGAUGCUCAGACUGGGUCUUCAGAAGGUAGCCAGGGAUAAACGGUAUGUAUUGCCCACCCUGCCGGAUGUGCAUUCGGUGCCCUAUCUCAUUGAAUGGAUUCGACUGCGCUUCGGAAAACGAUACUCGCAGAGGGAGAAAGAGAAGAUCCUGAUGAAGGAUAAACUGGUCAUGGAGCAACUGGGCCUGGUGAUGCGGAACCAUCUGGUGAAUAUACCUUCCCUCCCAGUCGGAGAUAACGAAAAGAACAUGGCCAAGCUGAGGGGCUUUGCCAAAUGCCACAGGGAACUGCACACCAACCGAUUUCUGGAGGCCAUCAUGGAGGUGGAACGGGUCUUCUAUUCGGCCAUGAAACCCCAACUCUGCCAAGCGGCAACGGAAUCCACAUUUUUAGCCUACCUGCCCGCCCAUUACCACGACUUGGGCUUCACCGUCAAUAAUGAAAACUUAGUAAUGGGGGCUUCCCAUUAGCUGCCCAAUUAUUUCAUAAAGACGAAUUUUCCCGGAA